AUGAGCUUUGAGCAAGAAUUGCAGGAUAAUAUAUAUGAGCCAUGGCGAUAUGAAUAUGUGCCAUUGCGAUUGAUCAAACAACAUUUGCAACAAAAGGCCGAGCAUGGAUGGACCGCUGAAGAAGAACGAGAUUAUUCGACUACUAUACAACUUGAAGUUGAGAAGGUGGAACAGUUUGUUACACGCAAACAACGGGAGAUUGAUUCAAGGAUCAGCCAUUGUCAACGAGGAAUACAAAACAACAAACAUCCUGCAACAACAGAGCGCUCCUAUACCUCAGCCAAAGAGACUCUAAAAGAGAUUUACUAUGACCUCGAAGAACUCGCCCGAUUCACACGAUACAACUUUAUGGCAUUCCAGCACAUUAUUGCCUUUCAUGAUGAGUUGACAGGAAAUGAGACACAGCAGCUAUUGGCAGACCUGAUGAGUGAUAAGCCUUUGGAUACACAGCGAUUCGAUCCUUUGUUAAUCAAGCUUGGGGAAUUGGAUGAUGAAGCUUCCCGACAAACGGCAUCUUCCUCAUCACCAACCCUAUCAUCAUCCACGCCAUCAAUCUCGACCAUGUCUUAUUUUUGGGUGCAUGAGCAGAAUCUCACACAGCUGCAAGCAAUGCUUCUUUUUCACUUGCCGGAAAAAAUCGAAUCGAGCGUGACCACAUAUUAUUUGGAUAAUCCACAAUCACUCAACAUGUAUUAUAGCCGAUUGCAGCGAGACGAUGGUGGCACGGAAAUUCGAUUAGAACAAAUGGGCCAAGACCUUGUAGUGCGGCGUGACGUAUAUCAAAAAGACUGGAAUUCGACUCCAAUUGAGCAAAAGGCACAAGCUUAUGCAGGUUGCACAGCACAAGAAUUCAUGGCGUUCAACAAUAAUCCAGCGGCAUUUCCAUUGACCGGGAUUGUGCAUUCCUAUGUGAAACAAUACAGACUUGAGCCGACAUUGGCAAUGCGUUGUAACCGUAUAUGGUAUGGACAAGGUAGUGGCAAUGGCGCCAUUGUUCAUCUCGACACCGAUAUCGAAUUCAGCACUGUGGAUGAUGAUAAAACGCCAUACAAGUUCCCAUAUGCUAUCCUGGAAGCAACAGUACCAAGCAACACGACGCAUCUCAUGUCGCAAUUGGUGGAGAUGGGUUUAGCGUAUGAGGUGCCAGCCUUUUCGGCAUUUUUGCAUGGUACAGCAAGUUUGUAUGCACCUUUACCAUUAGUGCCAUGGUGGAUGCGUGGAGAUAUGGAUGUCGAUAUACGCAAUGGCAAGGAUCCCAGAUACCCAAGCACUGGGUGGAUGACCUAUAGUCGCAGUUUGCGUCGACCCAACAGGAUUGGUUAUCUUGAUCGGCAAUUGAGAAUACAUCGUUUAUCAGCUCAAGAUGCACGUGUCCAUGCAUUGGACCACUUGAGGAGGACACCUAGCUUUCGCUCAGCAUCAUCAACACCAAUGUCAGCUAUGGAGCGAGAACCACUCAAGUCUUCAGUGGUUGACAUGGAGAGAACCAAAUCAAGAAAAUCGAUCAUGCAAGGUGGUGUAGAUCCUGUCGUGGCAGCUGCUAUCCCUGAGGAAGAAGAACAAGCUGAGAAUGGUGGUGGUCAAGAGGGUGAUGAUAACGCGAAUGGCAAAAAGAAAAAGAAAAAGAUCAAAGUAUGGCUUGAACCCAAGGUUUUCUUUGCCAACGAGCGUACGUUUAUCCAUUGGUUGCAAUUUGCAGCCCUUAUCCUGGUCGCAGCCCUUACUCUACUUAAUUUCGGUGACCGUAUCAGCACAAUUGCAGGUGCAGUCUUUUUCGGCAUUUCCAUGGGCAUUGCAUUGUACGCAUUUGGUCGUUUUCGAUAUCGUGCUCAUCAAAUCAAAACAAGACCCAUGAUACGAUACGAUGAUAUUUGGGGUCCUAUUGGAUUGACUACCCUGCUCGUUGGUGCCAUUAUUCUUAACUUUAUUUUGCGUUACAUGCAUCCUUCAGGAUCAAGCACUUAUCUGGGCAUCAACAAUUCGACUCGUCAGCAGACCUACUAG